CAAAUAUAGCCCGUGCGAUGGAACAAUAUCUUAUCUAUUUCCCCCUUGUCUUCGAGACGCAAAUGUCUUCAUUUACAACCUGCGACAAGUAAAUAUCACCGCCUCCUAAACUGCUCACCAUGAAGCUUCUUGUAUUGUGUUUAUGCCUGACAUUUGCAGCAUCGCAGAACGGAGUGCCGUGCGGCGUCUCUGUGGUCCAACCUAUCACCAAAAGAAUCGUCGGCGGACAGGUGGCGGUCCCCGGCUCCUGGCCCUGGAUGGUCUUAGUGGUGGAUAGCCUUGGGUACAUUUCUGGAUCCGGUUCAAUUAUUGACCAGCAUGUCAUACUGACUUCGGCGCAGCAUUUCGAAGGCACUGGCUACAGCGUGUUUGAUCUGAACCUCCACCAGUGGCGGAUCUACGCCGGCUCCCAUAACAUCAGCACCACGGACCCUUACGAGAAGACCUACCACAUCCGGCGCGUGGUGCUACAUCCGGGAUACAACGUCACAAGCCUCGAGAACGAUAUCGCUCUGAUCAUCACCGUUGAACCCAUGCAGUGGAACGACGCUACACGUCCGGUGUGCCUUCCGGACGCCCAGCACGGUUUCCAGGUCGGAGACAACUGCUACCUUCCAGGAUGGGGAAGCACACAAAACACUGGUAACGAGGAGACGCUGAACCAGCUGAUGAUGCCUAUCCUGGACGACAGCAUCUGCGCCAACCACUGGAACGACUUCCUUCCGGCUACGGAGAUGUGCGCGGGCUACGAAAAUCAGCAAAAGGACUUCUGCGCUGAUGACAUUGGUGGUCCUCUUGUCUGCAAGAAGUCCAAUGGGGCCUGGUAUGUGGAAGGUAUCGCCUCAUCCGGCGGUGACUGCACAAAGACGACGGAUUCUCCGGGUGUGUUCGAGGACGUGACCCAGUACCAGGACUGGAUCCUCAAGACAAUGGAGGAGUCUGGCUACCCCUACCAGUACUAGAGGGCCAUGCCUCAAACCCACCUCUCCUCUCACACCCUAACUUGACCGGAUUGUCUGGCUUCCAAGUGCCAUACAUGUUUUAUUUUCACUUUUCCCCCAAUAAAUCCAUUUAAUUGCAA